UGUAAGUUUACGCCUAGUGUCACAAACAUCCACAGCAAACCUACAAAUUAGAACUGCAAUCUCAUCUCGCUCUUCGCUCGAGCCAUCUCCUACUCUUAUCCUACUACUCUACACUAACCUAAAUAAAAUAUCUCCACAAAAUCUCUUUUCUUCUGCAGACAAUCCCUCAAUCAUUCCAAGAAAACCCUAACUAUGUUACCAUCAAUGGAAGUCAAUUCUUUACGCGACAAUUGCAUUUCACCUCUCGCUAUUUUCUCCUCAACCUCAUCUUCUUUCUGCAGGAUCCCCAAAUGCGCCGUUUCCUUUCGAUCAAUUCGGCGACAAAAGAAUUUGUGCUCUGCAUGCGGCUCCGAUACAUUGGUCGCUAAUUCUCGGAAGGAUGAUAGUAAUAGUAGUAGCAGUAGUAAUAGCAGUAGUAGUAAUAGUAAUAGGACUGGAGUUGUUGUGAGUGGUAAAAGAGAAGAAGAGGAAGAUUUGAAGGAUUGGAUGCAUAAAAAUGGAUUACCUCCUUGCAAAGUUGUUCUUAAAGAAAGACCUUCACACGAUGCUAAGCUUAGACCUAUUCAUUACGUUGCUGCUAGCGAAGAUCUUCAGACUGGUGAUGUGGCGUUUUCGGUUCCGAAUUCACUUGUUGUUACGCUCGAGAGAGUACUAGGAAAUGAGACCGUUGCGGAACUAUUAACCACAAACAAACUGUCGGAACUGGCGUGCUUGGCAUUGUAUCUCAUGUAUGAGAAGAAGCAAGGAAAGAAAUCAUUUUGGUAUCCAUAUAUAAGAGAGCUUGAUCGUCAACGCGGUAGGGGCCAACUAGCUGUGGAAUCUCCACUUCUAUGGUCAGAAGCUGAGUUGGCUUACCUGACUGGUAGCCCCACUAAGGCUGAAGUUCUUGAGAGGGCAGAUGGAAUUAAAAGAGAAUAUGAUGAGCUUGAUACUGUCUGGUUCAUGGCCGGGUCUCUGUUUCAGCAAUACCCAUAUGAUAUACCUACUGAAGCUUUUCCUUUUGAGAUUUUCAAACAAGCUUUUGUUGCAAUUCAGUCAUGUGUGGUGCACUUGCAGAAAGUCAGUUUGGCUCGGAGAUUUGCUUUGGUUCCUCUUGGACCCCCUUUGCUAGCUUACAGAAGCAAUUGCAAGGCAAUGUUAAGUGCUGUUGAUGGUGCUGUUGAACUAGUGGUCGAUCGUCCCUACAAGUCUGGGGAUCCCAUUGCUGUUUGGUGUGGGCCGCAACCUAAUUCAAAAUUGCUUAUAAACUAUGGUUUUGUUGAUGAAGAUAAUCGUUAUGACCGCAUUGUGGUGGAGGCGGCACUUAACACCGAGGAUCCUCAAUAUCAAGACAAAAGAAUGGUUGCUCAAAGAAAUGGAAAACUAUCAAUACAAGUUUUCCAAAUAUAUGUUGGAAAGGAGAAAGAAGCUAUCUCAGAUAUACUUCCUUAUUUGCGCUUGGGCUAUGUAUCAGAUCCUUCUGAGAUGCAGUCUGUUAUUUCUUCCCAAGGUCCAAUUUGUCCAGUGAGCCCUUGUAUGGAACAAGCUGUGCUGGAUCAGCUUGCUGAUUAUUUCAAGAGACGCUUGGCUGGAUAUCCUACUAGCUUGAAUGAAGAUGAGUUGAUGUUGGCAGAUCAUAACUUGAACCCUAAGAAACGAGUUGCUACUCAGCUGGUUAGACUGGAAAAGAAAAUUCUAAAUGCAUGUUUGCAGGCAACAGCUGAUUUGAUAAAUCAGUUACCUGAUCUUAGUGUCUCUCCAUGCCCAGCUCCAUAUGCUCCCAUAUUGAAAUGAAAAAGAAGAAAUCAUUAAUUGCUUUGUGGAUCUUGCAAAUAUGUGGAACUAAAUUCCAGUAUUGGUGAACAUGGGUUGUCUGCAACUUCUAUGAAAAUAAAGGUGUCCUUGGUUUAUGGUUCAUUGUAUCCUUGUUUUCUUAUUCCUAAUGGUUGCAACUUGUGGGCCUCUGUUGACGGGUGGCUUGCUUUAAGGUAUAUUUGACUUGGAUACUGCUUAAGGCACUGGAUGAAAUUGGCGUAGUUAGCUAUGCCUUUUAAGAGUUAAGAGUCAUUCAUGUUCCAUUCACGGGAUUGGUAGCCGUGCUUUCAUUCUUUAUUAUACUUUCAUUAGCCCAGACCAGCCUAACCUUUUUUCUUAUGUUUGUCAUCCUAUAUUAACUUGUUAGUUCCUUCAUCCUUAUGGUAAUUAGUCCUUGCUAAGCGUGAGGUAAUGGUGGAAAAAGAAAAGGUGGGUUGGAGAAACAGAAGAUAGACCAGAAUAGCUGUGGAGUCAAUAAUUUGGCUUUUCAUGAAUGAUUGCCUAUCUGUAAAUAAACAAACGGGUUUUGCAGUUUGACUGUUCAUUGUUUCUGUAACUUGUACAUCUGAGUAAAACUUCUUGUUGCUCGUGUU